AUGGCCAUCCCCACCAGAAGGAGAGCAGCUUCAGCGCCUCUACUACCAUCGUACCACCGACAUCUCCGCGAAAUCGACCACCAGAAAGCUAUUGCGAAGUCCUCGUUCGAAUUCCCCUGCAACGCACAAACUGAUAUCGAAAGCACCAUGGAAGCCUUGUAUCACACCUUACGAGCUCGACAUAUCGACAUAUCGAGAAUGGUGUUCGAGAUGUUCUUGUCAAAAUUACUCGAAAUGCAGGAUACUGCGGAUAACAAGGGACUGCUUCUUAGGCUUUUCAGACAGCCCAUGCAAUUGCCAAAUGAGGAUCUAGGGCGCGUUCUGCAAAUGCGCGAUGCCAUACAAAGCAACAAUCUUUCCGCGAUACCGCACAAUGAAAACGCACAUAGGUUCUACAUCCGAUCUUGGGUAUUCGAACCAUGGCAGCUUCUACGCCUUGUGCGUACUCUCCGUGGAAAGGGAUUCUGUUUUCCUGAGUUAGAUGAGUGGGAGUUUCAAUGUUGUUUGUCGCGACGGGGAAGAUUGACAGUCCGCUACGUGGGAAUGAUUAAAGGUCGCCGUGACUUCGUACAAAGAUCGCAGCUUGAUAUCGACGAGAAACCUCCUAGCAGCUUAUUCGGGGCCUUUCGCGAUAACGUCAAAAGAAUUUUCCCGGGUGUCCAUGAUCGACUUGGCAUACACGAAUUACCACAGAUGGCAGUUCCUGUCAUCGGAGGCCCAGAUGCUGUAGGCAACCAGCUUACUGCUGACGAUAUCGAACGACUUCUGAUACAACUUUUCAAUAACAAAGCUCUUCUCAAUCUCCAGGAUGGUGGCCAAUACAUCAACUAUCUACCGGAUACCGACGAUGAAAAGCUGUAUACCAGCAUGAAGCCGACAGCUUUUGAGAGGUUCUCCAGAGACUGCAAACUUCUCCCAGAACCCGAAUGGUGUGGCCUUGCAGAGGACUUUCUGGAAAUUGAAAAGCAUGCGCGUACCCAUGCUGAGUUAUACCUUUUUCAAGAGACAUAUUUCCAGGCGAUGCGAGAAGAAGCUCGACCUUACCAGUUUCUUGGAAAUACGAUCCUGCUGUUUUUGGGAGAAGAACUCUCACACAAACACCUAAGAGCCGGGCACACCUUUCUUCAUGGCUCAGCGAGCGCCAGUGUUCUGGUUAGGGGACUCCUCAGCCGAAUCAGGCAUAUCGAACACGAAUGGGCUAACCGGGGACCUUUGGGUAAUCUGGAUAGCUCAUUCACAUUCAUGAAUGCCUUGCCUCUGCCUGGGUACAGCGAUAUACCCCAGGCACUUCAUUUUCUGAAUAAAUAUCUACGAUGUGUUCGGCCAAUCAUAAUUGCUUCAUUUGGCAGAAGGUCAAGCGAUACCGUGGCUUCGGGAUUCACGAACCUUCCCGUCAAAAAGUCGACAUCGAAUGGCGUUCUCGAGACACAGCUAGAAGUAUCCAUACGUUCUUAUGGGGACAAUCCAGAGGCCGUAAUACAUAUUCCGCUAAGCCAUCCAGGAAAAUAUCAAUACGGCAGACGCAAUGCGUCUCGCAUUGGCCUCUUCUACCUUCAGCUUCAAUUGGUAUAUGCCAUUGCCGACUGCGCCAUGGAAGUACUAGCACAACAACACUUAACGUCUGGGAAAUCAGCUCGACGAGACGUAUGCCUUAGCAUCCUGCAUCAUGCGAAGAAAAGGUUGCAGAAAUGCUGUGUUAUCCUUGCAUCAACUGACGAUGCGUUGCAAAUUUGUCUUGCGAAAACAUCCCAAGUCACAAGGGGACCGCCUUCUCGGACUGAGAGCGGAUCGUUGCGUAAACGAAAAGCUGAGGCUAUCAGGAAGGAGUUUACAUGUCCCAUAUAUGGCCAGGCCACGUUUGAUCGUAUCUUGUCCCUUGGACGUGCCCGUGGACUUCCUCACUCUCCGGAGAGAGAAGCGCAUCUGAAGGGUUUAUGGGCUCAAAAUGUUCCAGAGCUUCAUUUGCUUAUUGCACAUACACCGGAACUAUAUUCAAAAUGGAUUGGCGAGCUUAUGGGUCUCCAACAAGGACAGUCAUAUUUUCUCAAGCUGCUCAGUCAAGCUCCAGAUCACACGUAUAUGGAAGAUCUAGCACGAGUCUGCAAUUCCAUUGGCCUCCAUAAAAAGAGAUUCGAUGCUAUUACGAGUAGCACAGAAGUACGAAGUGGUCUUUGGGUGUCUCGGGAAGUAAUUCAAGCAUAUCGGGCCGAACUCUCGCCUCGUGUGAAGACCGGAGACAUCCAGGGUUUUCCCGUUGAAAUAAAAUCCAACGGGGUUAUCAAAAUCAAGUGGCUCACGCAAAACGGACUGAAAAAGACAGUGACAAUAGAUGGUCUCGAAUACGCCAUUCCGCAAAAUGGCCUUGAAUGCCGCUCCCUUUCUUUCACAGAGCACGGCAUCGAUAUCGUCGAUGCAAGUGGUAGACCAAUCCGGCCAUACGAGCCUUGGGAGAAAUCACCUCCCUCUGCCACAGUCCCAAGAUGGAAAUUCAAGUCAAAAGAAGGCCAAUUGUUACAGGAGCUUUGGGAAGCUGUGCGGUCCGAGCUAGGCUACGAGCCGUCUGCUGAUCGCAUUAAAGCGGUCCCAAAGAAAAAAAACGGGGUUGGGCUCGUCUCUUCGAGCAGCAGGACUGAGGUACCGAAACAGAACCGACCACCAAAGAUCAAAGACGCAAAUUACCUGCUUUACCACUUUUUGAUUGAACGCUUUCCACACGGUGGUAUCUUUCGCACUGCUUCCCGCGAGAAGGAUCCGACAUCGACAGAUGAUCUCAGAGCGUUUGUUGAUUUCUGCAAAAGGAAUGAAUACAGUACGCAUCCGUACAGGGCCAAAUGGUUGGGAAUGCUUGAUCGACCUCGCCCUUUUGUAGCUAUUCUGGCUCCUAACAUUAGGGUCUACCGGUCAUGCCACAAGAGGAUCACCUAUCCACCUUCGUCCCGACCAGGAGGACACUUUACAGAGACAAUAUUUGACAUAGGGCCCUGCGAGCCUUUGUCUGCAGAUGGCAAGACGGAAAUCUCUGAAUGA